CUUUCCCACUUUUGACUCAGCAACCAAUUCAUACAUCAUCCACUCCCUCUCAUCGCUCACCGCAACCAGAUUCGUAUCGGUCAAGUCUUCCUAGCCAGUAUUCUCUUGCUCGGAUACCCGACCUCCACAUUCUCCACACCCAUCAUCAAUCUCAACCUCAUCAUCCCUUUCUCUCAUCUUUCAUCCACCAUCGCCCUCUCCUCGUCACUCAGACUCGUCAACUGAACGUCAUGCCAAACUCAAACCUCAAGACGGGGUUCAUCCCAUCGAUGGAGACUACCGGUGACGCUUUGACCGAAGAUACCACCAUCGUCGUCCUCGGCGCCAGUGGGGAUUUGGCACAGAAAAAGACAUUCCCCGCUCUUUUCGCCUUGUUUCAACAAGACUUUCUUCCGAAAGAUCCCAAGAUCGUUGGGUAUGCAAGGACCAAAAUGGAUGAGGCCGAGUUUUACAAGAGGGAGACGAAGUACCUCAAGAAACCGAAAGAUGAUCAAAAACUCGCCGAUAAUUUUGACGAAAAGCUUGAAGACUUCAAAAAGAUCUCGAGCUACGUAGCUGGGACUUAUGAUGAAGAUUCUGGUUUUGAAGAUCUCAAAAAACAUCUAGAGGAGAUCGAGAAAGCCAGAGGUGGAAAAACUAAAAAUAGAGUCUUCUACAUGGCUCUUCCUCCUUCAGUUUUCAUUCCAGUAGCUCAACAUCUCAAAAAGAUUUGUUAUUCCACCGAAGGUCAAAACAGGAUCAUCAUUGAGAAACCUUUUGGUAAAGAUCUUGAAUCUUGCAGGGAGAUGAUCUCCGCUGUCAAAGACGCUUGGCAUGAAAACGAAACUUAUAGAAUCGAUCAUUAUCUCGGAAAAGAGAUGAUCAAGAAUAUAUUGGUUUUACGAUUCAGUAACCCUUUCUUCGAUUCUUGUAUGAACAAUCAUUACAUCAGUAAUGUACAAAUCUCAUUCAAAGAACCUUUUGGAACGGAAGGUCGUGGUGGAUACUUUGAUGAAUUUGGUAUUAUUCGAGAUGUCUGUCAGAACCAUUUGCUUCAGACAUUGUCGGUGUUGACUAUGGAAAGACCAGUUUCAUUCUCGGCCGAGGAUAUCCGUGAUGAGAAAGUCAAAGUUCUUAAAUGUAUUCCCCCGAUUGAACGCAAGGACGUUCUUUUAGGUCAAUAUGUGGCCGCUGAUGGGAAACCUGGUUAUUUGGAAGAUGACACUGUGCCUAAAGGUUCCAAUUCACCCACUUUUGCGGCUAUGACUUUGUGGGUGAAUAAUGGACGUUGGGAGGGUGUACCUUUCAUUAUGAAAGCUGGUAAGGCUUUGAACGAAAGCAAAGUCGAAAUCCGUGUUCAAUUCAAAGACGCGACUAAAGGGAUUUUCCAAGGUUUAACACGUAACGAACUCGUCAUGCGUAUCCAACCUGACGAAGCGGUUUAUAUCAAACUUAAUUCCAAAGUACCAGGAUUCGUAACUCAAGCAGUACCUACAGAGCUUGAUCUAACUUACAAAGAUCGAUUCACCGAUGCUAGGGUACCUCAAGCAUAUGAAGCUUUGAUAAGGGAUGCAUUGAGGGGAGAUCAUUCUAAUUUCGUUAGAGAUGAUGAAUUAGAUGUCGCAUGGAAAAUCUUCACUCCUAUCCUUCAUUGGAUUGAAGGGAAGGAUGGUAAACCACCUAAAUGUGAACCGUACCCAUACGGUUCUCGCGGUCCAUCUCAAAUCGAUCAAUUCACCGGGAAAUACGGUUAUGUAAGAGCUUCCGCAGAUUAUCAUUGGCCAAAGACCAGCGUCGCGGCGAAUUUGUGAAAUAGUCACAAUUUUGAAAAAAGUGAAAAAGUGUGAAUAGAACAGAAGCAGAAGCAGAUUUGAAGGGGAACAAAUUGUUUUGUGAAGUGUGCUAAGUUUUCAUGCAUUCUGAUCUUUUGUCUCG